UAUGGCUUCCAAGGCUUUCUUUGCGUUUGGUGUUCUCUUGGCCUCUCUGCUGAUACUCUUGGUGGCGGCAACAGCUAGGGAGAUGACCGAGAAAACUCAAGAGAAGAACGUGGAGGAAGAGGGUGUUGGGGACCAGAAGAACUCUGGCGGAUACAAAGGUGGCUACUCAUCUGGCGGAAAGAAAGGCGGCUAUCCUGGUGGUGGUGGUGGAUACAACGGCGGCUAUCCUGGUGGUGGUGGAUACAGCGGAGGCUAUCCUGGUCGUGGUGGAUACAGCGGAGGCUAUCCUGGUCGUGGUGGUGGUGGAAAUAGCGGCGGCGAUCCUAGUCGUGGUGGUGGUGGUGGAAACAACGGCGGCUAUCCUGGUCGUGGUGGUGGUGGAAACAACGGCGGCAAUCCUGGUAGUGGUGGAUACAACGGCGGCUAUCCUGGUCGUGGUGGUGGUGGAAACAACGGCGGCUAUCCUGGUGGUGUGGUGGUGGGAACAACGGCGGCAAUCCUGGUCGUGGUGGUGGUGGAAACAACGGCGGCUAUCCUGGUGGUGGUGGUGGAAACAACGGCGGUUAUCCUGGUGGUGGUGGAUAUAACGGCGGCUAUCCCGGCGGUGGUGGAUACAAUGGCGGCUAUCCCGGUGGUGGUAGUGGUGGAUACAACGGCGGCUAUCCUGGCAAGUGGCGGCGCGGCGGGCGGCGGUAGUAAUGGUGGAUACAACGGUGGCUAUCCAGGAGGUGGGCGUUAUGGUGGCGUUGGAUAUCCCGGAGGUGGUUAUCCAGGAUAUGGCGGUGGCAAUUGCCAGUGGGUUGCUGAAGCCGCUGAGGAUACGGAGAUUGCGAUCGUCGCACCUAUCUUGGUUAAUCCCUAAUGCUUUAGUUGUGCAACCAGCAUAAAUAUAUAAUAA